GCAAUGACGCAGGUACGCGGAAGUGCCGCCAAAACCGUCCGGUCAAUUUUAAAAACACACAGGCAUGAACGUUAAACAGCUGAUGAAAUAUAAUUCAGCGUGAUUGAUCCUGUUCACAGGCGAAAGGAUCCAUUCUUCAGGAUGGAGAAGGGGGAUGCAUCCACUAAAGGAGAGGGCCUCCUCUCCAGGAUGGCCCUCAAUGACAACAAGGCUGGUAUGGAGGGUCUUGACAGGGACAGGAUCAACAAGAUCAUCAUGGAGUCGUCAAAGGGGUCUAGAUUUUAUGAGAACGAGUCCAAGAGAGAGCAGCAGGUGAACCAGCGCAUUGAGAAAAUGAUGCUACAAAAAGCAAAGAUCACAGAACAACAGUUAAAGAAAGCCCAGGCUCAGGUGGAAAAGAUGGUUGCAGAGCUAGAGAGAAGUCGUGAUCUCAACCGUCUGAUUGUACACGUGGAUAUGGAUGCUUUCUACGCUGCUGUGGAGAUGAGGGACUGUCCUGAGCUGAAAGAUAAGCCCAUGGCUGUAGGAUCCAUGAGCAUGCUGUCAACAUCCAACUACCAUGCCAGGAAGUUUGGAGUCCGAGCCGCCAUGCCUGGCUUCAUUGCAAAAAAGCUCUGUCCCAACUUAGUUAUUGUUCCAACCAACUUUGACAAAUACAGAGCUGUGAGUGACGAGAUCCGUGAGAUUUUUGCAGACUAUGACCCUCAAUUCCAGCCGAUGAGCCUGGAUGAAGCUUAUCUGGAUUUCACAGAGCACCUGGAACAGAGGCAGAGCUGGCCUGAAUCCUCACGAACACAUUGCUUCCGCACCAGCAGCACCACUAAAGGUGAAGAGAAGAUUGAUGUUUCCCAGGAGGCAGAGCCGGAGGAGAGGGACCUCUCUCCGGUCCUGUUUGAGGACAGCCCGAGCUCCUCACCCUGCUUGUCGGGAUCUGAAGCUGACGGUGCUGCUGGUGGUGCGUUUGAGGUGUUUGGGACGUCUGUUGAGGAAGCUGUGAGAGAGAUGCGUUUCCGCAUUGAGCAGAAGACCACGUUGACUGCAAGUGCAGGAAUUGCUCCAAACACGAUGCUUGCUAAGGUGUGCAGUGACAAGAACAAGCCAAACGGCCAAUACAGACUCCCCUCCACCAGAGAGGCAGUCAUGGACUUCAUCCAGAGUCUCCCAGUUCGCAAAGUUUCUGGCAUAGGAAAGGUGAGUGAGAAGAUGCUGAACGCUCUGGGCGUCAGUAGCUGUUCUCAUCUGGGCCAGCAGAUGGCGUUGCUGUCGAUGUUGUUCUCGGAGACAGCCUGGCAUCAUCUCUUGCAGGUUUCCCUGGGUCUGGGCUCUACACAUAUACAGAGGCACGAAGAAAGAAAAAGCAUGAGCACAGAAAGGACAUUUAGGGAACUGAGUAAAGUCGAGGAGCAAUUUUCUUUAUGCAGAAAGCUCUGUGAAGAGUUAGCAGAAGACAUGAAGAAAGAAGCUCUAAAGGGAAAAACUGUCACGCUGAAGCUGAAGAACGUCAACUUUGAGGUGAAAACCCGGGCACUGACUCUGUCGUACGCUGUAUCUACAGUGGAUGAGAUCUUUGCUGCUGCUAAGGACCUACUGAAAACAGAAAUCGACAAUGUUAGCCCCCAGCCGCUCCGCUUGAGGCUCAUGGGUGUGAGGAUCUCCGCCUUUGUCAGUUCGGAUGACAAAAAGCCGCUGCAGAAGAGCAUCAUUGGCUUUCUUCAGCAAGGAAAGACAGACUCCUCCCAAGGAAUCCAUCAAAGGCUUGAAAAAGAGCAUCUCGUAAAUCCCUCCUCCCAAACAGCGCCAUCUGAUUGUCUUUCCUCGGCGCAGAAGUGCCAGAGACAAGAGGAAGCUACCUGGGGGAGGGGCUCAAAGACCGGUGAAGAACCCAAACAGUCUUUCUUCCAAAGGGCUCAGGCCAAAAGACUGCAACUCCAGGUAGCAAAUGCAAACACACAAGCGGAAGGACAUGGGGAAAAUGCUUCUGUGAUUACUUCCACAGGUAUGAAUGCUGAAGAGGGUGAAGGAUCAUCAUUAAAAGCACACAACAGUACCUGUUCAGCCUCAGAUCUCGAAGGAAAAGAUAUGGUCCCUCUCGUAGAGGCCCAGGCAUCCACAUCAGGCUGUGUUGUCACAGUGUCGGAGAGACUCACCUGUCCAGUGUGUUUCGGGCAAGUGGAGACUACUGAUUUGAAUGUCUUCAACAAACAUAUUGACCAGUGUCUCAGCAAUGCCUCUACAAAGCCAAACCAAUAUAUAAUAUCUGACACAGAGUCAGAUUUUGAUCACAGUGACCACAAAGAAUGUGAAGUGUUGGAGUCGAACAGAGAUGAUCCUCAGGAAGACCAACACAGCUUGGGUUCACUUCAGACUGUUUUGUUGAUAAAUGAUGACAACGAAACGCUGACCUCGGGACAGCCUCAGUCAUGUGACGAUAAAGGCCCCGUCCUCAUCUGCCCAGUGUGUCAGCUGACCCAGGAUAGUGAUGACCUCACUAUCUUUAACCACCACGUUGACCUCUGCCUGAACCAGGAGGUCCUGCACCAACUUCGGGGGCAGACAUUAUCUCCCAUAAAUCCACCGUCAGCUAUAAAUAGCAAGGCCAUAGACAGAGCCCGUCUCCUGUCAACACAAGCAAGUAAAGGCAAAAGCAAAAGACGGGACUCGCCUUCCUCCCCUCCUUCUAAAAAGGCUAAAGGACUCGGCCCUCACAACACCAUCGACAAGUUCUUCAGGUGACGGUGAUGCAUGGUGUCCCAGUUUUCUUCAGGAAAUGAAAAGCCUCCACAGGGAAGGUUUUCAUUGAACACAAAGCCAUAUUGAAGGUUUCUAUUUAAAAACCAUUUGUAAAUCUAUGAAAUAAUGAUGAAUGAAGCUAAGCAUUUGCACUUAUAUGCCUUAUUUGCUAUUUAUAAGCCAUGACUAGACAAUAAAUUAAAGGUCAAUUCUGUUUUAAGUCUAGAGAAUUAAUGGAAGUAUAUGUGCACAAUUCUUUGUCUAUAUUUGUUACCGCUGAAGAUGAGUGUAAUGUUUUUGCAAAGCGGAUCAAGAAGUGUUGGUUUUUAAUUUAUACUCGGAAAAUUAUCUUAUUCAUAUAUUUUCAUUUCCAAUUGUAUUUAUUGCAGUUUCCAAUGAUCAUACACAGAUGUUUGAAUAUGAAGAUAAGAGACUCCUUCUAUCAUAAUAAAAUAAAU